UUUUCUUUAGGUGGUCAAGCUUAUAUACCUGUGGAGAAUGUUAUUCCACAAAUAACUGAAUCAUUCGCCAUGGUUUCAUUAAUUGAUGGACAUAGUCGUUUUAUUCCAGAAAAUAAACUUCAUACUGAAGGCAAUUCUCAAUCUUUACUUGUUCAAUCAUCAGGUGAAUUAAUUGACUAUAAUCAAUGGAAUUUAUACGCUAAUCGAGUUAAUCGAACAUGGUAUGGUUUAGAUCCGAAAAUUGGUCAAACACCUAUAGCACAAAUAAAAGAUGGUCGUGUUGGUUUACCAACACAAUAUACAGAUGAAAAGAAUGUUGAAUGAUCCGAUUCAUUAUUAUUAUUAUACCCUUUGAUCUACUGAUCUAUGGACAAUUUGACUUUGUACAUAAAAUUACGAUAUUUGGAAUGUGUUAUUAUGUUGAGAUGAUUUACUAAAAUAUUUAUUUUGUUUGCUGCA